CCGUUUAAAACCUUUACCUACCGUUGUUGGUAACAACGUGGAUUCACAUCAAAAGUAACGGAGUGCUUGCGGGGCAGUAACUCCGUUAGCCUCCACCUUCUCCUUCCUAUGCUCUUUCUCUAACCUUCUCGGCUUAUAGUUUCUCUCUCUUUCUCCUCAUUUUCUCUCUCUUCAUUUUAAGGUAAAUGUUUUUGUGACGAAACUAUUCCAAAGUGUUUCCCAUUCCUUUUGCGGAAGUUGCUACUUUUGAGCAUCAUUUUCAGUGACCAAUAUGUUUUGAAUGUUUCAGAUGAGAGGGAAGACGAUGGUGUUUAUCUCAUAAAAGUUUCAAUUUUUAUUUUCUGGGUUUUGGAAAAUGUGGGGUAGGUGGUGGUGGUGUGCUGGUGGCGGUUUUCUGAGGCAAAGGGUAUCUUCAAUUGGUAGUGUUACUUCAAUUGGUAGUUUUAGCCAUGGUUAUGGAGAAAAGCUUCACCCUUUGGACCCUCCUUUGUUGGGUUUGAGGGGUGUUGUUGAAGUGAUGUGUGGUGGAAGAAGAGGUGGUGGUGGAGGGGCACCUUUAUCUGUUGUGUUGAACCAAAUCAAGAGGGGUGUAUCAACUUCCACUGGGGAUGGUGAUGUCAGCAAUGGCAAUAAUGGAACAACAGAAGAUUCUAUAUCAUUCUCUGAAGCCAAGAAGCUUAUGAGAUUGGUGAAUGUGGAGUCACUCAAGAUGAAGCUUGGUAUGGAAGGGAAGGAAGUUAUUUGCUAUUCUGAGCUUCUUGAGGCCUGUGAAAGUAUGGGGAUUGCGAGGAGUCCUGAGGAGGCUGCAGCAUUUGCCAGGGUUCUUGAUGAGGCUGGGGUUGUUCUCCUCUUUCGGGACAAAGUUUAUUUGCAUCCUGAUAAGGUAGUGGAUCUGGUUCGAAGAGCCGUUCCACUGGCACUGACUGCUGAUAACGAUCCUAUGAGGGAGGAGUUGAAGAAACUGCAGGACAAGAAAGAGGAAAUUGAUGUGUUAGCACAUAAGCAGGUGCGGCGCAUCCUCUGGUCUGGACUGGGAUUUGGUGUAAUCACUGUUGGCUUCUUCUUCCGGCUAACAUUCUGGGAAUUUUCAUGGGAUGUAAUGGAACCUAUUGCAUUUUUUACCACAACCACUGGGUUGGUCAUAGGCUAUGCCUAUUUCUUAUUCACUUCAAGAGACCCUACUUACCAAGACUUCAUGAAGAGGCUCUUUCUUUCAAGGCAGAGGAAGCUUUUUAAGAGGCAAAAUUUUGACAUUGAGAGAUUCAAGGAGCUCCAGUGCAAGUGCAAGACACCUUUACAUGCUAGUACCGUUUUAAAAAAUCGCAUAGGGGUGGAACUGGAUCUUGAAGAUGCUUUACAUAGAGAUUAACAUUUUCAAGUGGAUUUACAAUUUUUUCUUUUAAAUAUGUUAAUAGUUAACCUUGUUCCCCUUGUUUUAGUGUUACUGGGGAGAAGAUUAAACUAACUAUAGUUUUGGCUUCUUGGAUACACAAGUUUGCUUCAUUUUCUUAACAAUGCAUGAAGAUUAUGUUCUAUUCCAUUUGUUGAUUGCACGUUA